AUCGCAUUUUGGAAUCAUGCUGUUUUUCUCCUUAAAAAAAUACGUAAAAUAUGGUAAAAAAACUAUAUUUCUCUGUUUUUUGGGAUCUGGGACGUGUUUUCAAAAUUGCAAUACCGCUCUCAAUACUUGACAGGUAGUAUCUCGCAGUAUCUCAGUGUAGACCACUUUUUUGAAAGAUCGCUCUUGUCAUCUACCUUUUCCGCCUUCUGUCAUCCAAAAACAUGUUCAAUGGUCAUAAAAAUGGUUGUAACAAGAAAUUUAAUAGGGAUAUUAAGUACUAAACAUAUAAUUUUCUUCGCAAAUCCUCAAACUAGUAAGCUUACAGCAAGACUUUUACAUCGAUGUUACCAUUGCAACCACGCAUCUUUUACGUCGCGGAACGUAACCAAAUCAUUAUUCCAAAAUAAUACUCAUGCUGUAGUAACGGCAAGUAGGACUUUUCAUCUAACUUCUCAACUUAGUGCUAGAAAGAACUAUUACGAAAUUUUGGGUGUGGGGAAGAAUGCUUCCAAUUCAGAAAUCAAAAAGGCAUACUAUAAGUUAGCUAAACAGUACCAUCCUGAUGUGAAUAAAGAUCCUGAAUCGUCCAAAAAGUUUCAAGAAGUUUCUGAAGCAUAUGAAAUAUUAGCUGAUGAAACAAAACGUAAGCAAUAUGACACCUGGGGCUCGACAGCUGAACAAAUGGGUGGUAUGGGUGGGGCAACAGGUGGUGCUGGUGCAGGAGCAUCUGGGCCCCAAGGUUUUAGUCAACAUUGGCAAUAUCAGUCUACCAUUGACCCAGAAGAACUGUUCAGAAAAAUUUUUGGAGAUGCUGGAUUUGGCAAAGGGUCAUCACCAUUUGAAGAUUUUGCUGAUUCAAGAUAUGGAUUUGGACAGGCUCAAGAAAUCGUUUUGAAAAUAUCUUUCAGCCAAGCAGCUAGAGGUACAAACAAAGAUGUAAAUAUUAACGUUGUUGAUUCGUGUCCAAAAUGUAGGGGUGCAAGAUGUGAACCAGGAACCAAAGCAACCAAGUGCCAAUUUUGCAAUGGAACAGGAAUGGAGAGCAUAACCACGGGUCCAUUCGUUAUGCGAUCUACCUGUCGAUAUUGUCAAGGCACACGAAUGUACAUUAAGCACAAAUGUACAGAAUGUGAAGGAAAGGGUUCCACAGUACAAAGGAAGAAGGUUACCAUACCUGUUCCUGCAGGUAUUGAGGAUGGACAAACAGUGAGAAUGUCUGUAGGAAAUAAAGAGUUGUUUGUAACGUUCCGAGUAGAAAAAUCAGAUUAUUUCAAAAGAGAUGGUGCGGAUGUUCACACAGAAGCUGACAUUUCUGUGUCACAAGCCAUCCUAGGUGGUACCAUAAGGAUACAGGGCUUGUAUGAAGAUCAUACCCUCCAGGUGAUGCCGGGUACGUCUUCCCAUACGAAAAUCCGUCUCAGUGGGAAAGGUAUGAAGAAAGUAAACGGUUAUGGACAUGGUGAUCACUAUGUUACGUUCAAAAUAAGUGUACCUAAACAUCUAAAUAACAAGCAAAAAGCCUUGAUAACGGCAUAUGCGGAAUUAGAAGAGGACACGCCUGGACAGAUUAUGGGGGUCACAUACAAAACUGACGGCAAAAGUGGAGAAAUGCCAUUUGCAGGUUCAGAAGCGAAAACCCAAGGGAAAUAUUCCGACGAUGACGGCGUCCCAGGCUUCUUAUCAAAAAUUAAAAGAGCCAUUUUUGGAUAAAAUUAGAAAUAUGUACGUUUCUGUGUCUCCCUCGAUCUCAUUUUGACAAUUCCUGUAGGGAAGAAAUUAAAAGUGUUAACUCAUUGUUUAAAUUUUUUUAUUAUAUAUGGCCCUGAUGUACUGAGACUGAAUAGGUGAUUUCGAAUCUUUUCAAUAUUUUGUUUAAACCUUACAUGAAUUGUCAAAUUGCUAUAUUUUGUUUUGUUUCAUAAAUGCAUUUCAUACAGCAGGGUUGCCAUAUUGGGACACUAUUCCUCAAAUUUGGGAGAUUUUUUCUUCCCUUUGGGAAUUUUUGGGGGAUAUAAUGUUCAGGGGGAUUUUUUGGGGGAAUAAUAAAAUCUUGGGAUAUUUUCGGUGUAUUUUAUUCCAUUUUUCCUAGAGCACAACUGACCAUUGCUGAAUACAAAUUUUAUUUUUCUGUAGUUUUUUCUUUCCUCAUGAAGACUAGAU